AUGGACACACCCAGGAAUAGAAAGCAGCGCCGUGCUGCAGCGGCAACCUCUUCACCAUCAUCAACCUCGCCAGUCCCCGAUAUCGAUAUCCCUCUUGCUCAUCCCCCACGCGAUAAUCCACCCCAGAAAGCUAGCGAGCGAACACUAUAUGACAUCAUCGCAGAGCGCCAAAACGAGCUUCAGGCAAAAGCAGACAAGGCAAACAAGGCGAGAGGAAUGCCGGGAAUACCGCUUGGACAAGAAUUGCCGCCCAUGGGGAAGGGAACGCGGUUCGUAACUGUCGACGCGUCUGGGAACAUUGUCGAGACAGACGGCAACAUCGACAAUGAUGAACUGGUGGGUGAGGAUUCACAGAAACAUAAAGCUGGCCGCAAGGUCCAAUCGUCGAUCAAAGGCGAUGCCAAUGAUGAGGAUAGCGACGUCGACAAUCCCCUCCCGCCCUUCAUCGAUACCGUCCUCCUUUCGAUGCCCCUCACAACACUCCACGGCACACUCUCCUACCUAGCCGCAUACCAAUACGCCGAAUCAACGGAUGCCGUUCGAAUAAUGAAGGAUUCUAUGAUGUUCACAUUCCCUCUCUUGACAUUCCUGGUGCAUCUUGUUCACGGCCACAUCUUUUCCUUCCGACUACGGAGCACUUCCAACCUUCUGGCCGACAGUGCGCAGCCCAUUUCGCUCAUACCGAUUACUCGAGACAAACUCACAUUCUCCUUCUUGCGACGACUACUCUUUCCACCUUCCAUUCGCACUCUCGUGUUUCUGCCAAUCUCUAUUAUGGUUGGAGUCCAUCUGAUUACCGUAACAAACGGAGAACCCUACUACGCUGUUAUGAAAAAGGCACCCGCAUAUGGAACGGUUUGGAUUUGGUUCGUUCUGGAGUUGUCUUUUGGUCCAGCAGUACUGGGUGCACUGGGUCCCUUAAUUUGGGGCGUUUGGUGGAAAGGAUAUGGCAUUGUUUGA